CCACAGAUUAGUAUAACUUUCGCCCUCGAAGAGAGCAUGCGAGCUCAUCAAUACGUGGCUGCUUUGGCGGCAUUCAUCACUUGUGUCCACGGCAUGGGCAUAACGGUGCCUGGCACCAAAUGGUGUGGUCCCGGCAAUACAGCAGAGAACUUCGACGAUCUGGGUAUUGAAGUGGAACUCGAUACGUGUUGUCGAGCUCAUGACAACUGUGAGCAAAGGAUCUUACCUAAUGAGCAACGCUACGGUCUUAGUAACAUCGGUGUGUUUCCGAUCUUCUCUUGUGGUUGCGAGGCUGCCUUUCGUCAGUGCCUCGUCAUGUUGCACAAUAUGCAGUCAGCUGCUUUGGGUCGUAUUUAUUUCAGUACCACAAGUGUUUGCUUUGCCCAUGGACCGCCCACCGUGUCGUGCGAGGAGCAGCAGUGGGACUUAUUUAAGAAGCGCUGCAAGAGCUACAAGGAGGAUAAUUCACAACCAAGUCGCUGGCAAUUCUACGAUUUGCCAUUCUAUACUCAUCUUACCGAGGAGGAUCUGCAGCAGACUGCGGCAAAUAAUCAGAUCGAUUGAAGCUUCAUCAUUUAUUUAUAAAUAAAUACUAUGUAAUAGUAUAUAAAUAGACGAUACAUAAUAAUCCAUAUUCUAUAUUUGUGGAUUUAUUUACAGUGAUU